AAAAAAAAAAAAAAAAAAAGAUCAUCAGAAAGAAACGAGAAAACCAACCCCCUUAUCCAGUGCGUUUGGGUUGUUUUUUGAUAACGGUUGGUGAAAACUGAAAAUCCCAUAAAGAAAGAAUCAUGACUACAAUGAUGAUACCAUUCAAGUUGUACUCGGGUGUUUCAGUUUCAUUUUCUUCAUCCAAAUUCUUUCAAACUUCCCCACGCCGAUCGACGACGACAUUCCCAAGGAUUUAUGCAUUUUCUAGUAAUGAUAUAAAGGUGGGUUCCAACAUAGAGGUAGAUGGAGCUCCUUGGAAAGUUAUAGAGUUUCUUCAUGUGAAGCCUGGUAAAGGGGCUGCAUAUGUGAGGACUACUCUACGAAAUCAUAUAACAGGAAAUUCUGUUGAGAAAACUUUCCGCGCUGGAAGUAAGAUUGAACAAGCUGAGGUCACUAAGGAGACAAAGCAAUUCACAUACAAGGAUGGUUCACAGUUUGUUUUCAUGGAUCUGUCUACAUACGAGGAAGUUCGUCUUAAUGAGUCAGACAUGGGAGAUAAUAAGAAAUGGCUAAAAGAAGGCAUGGACUGCAAUUUGCUAUUUUGGAAGGGAAAGGUUAUCGAUUUUGAGGUCCCGUUACAGAUUAAAGUCAAAAUAGUUGAUGUUGAUCCUGGUACCAAAGGUGAAGCAGCUCAAGGUGGAUCAAAACCAGCGACUGUGGAAACAGGUGCUAUUGUUUAUGUUCCUUUGUUUGUAGACAGAGAUCAAGAAAUUAUUGUGGAUACAAGAACAGGGCAGUAUGUAAGUCGCGUAUGAGUUGCAGAACAGGAAGGAUGAUGAAUUGUUUUUUGUUGCAGAAAAAUUUUGCUCUGCUUCUAUUACACCUUUAGAUUCUAGAAUGACAUGUUAGUAAAUUUGCUUUGAGAGAGUUCUGCUAUACAUUUAUGGAUCUUUAAUUAACGUACUCUUUAAAAUGAUUAUUGAAGGGUAAAUAAUAUUAUUUAUAUACCUAUAAAUUUUAAACU